CGUCUUGCUGUGGUGAUUCAGCUAGCUAGUCAUUCUUUUGGUGGUAGCAUUCCAGGGCACGAGCAGGAAGUGUUGCUGGCUGAGAAGAAGUGUCAACCCCAGCCUAGGACACGAUACAUCAUCUCAAGGGUUCUCACAGCUUCGCUGCAGCCUUCCAACAUGAGUGUUCUUUCUUCGCCCGUCCGACGCGUCCUGGGGGAUAAAGAUCCCAACGCGCCGCUACAGAUUCUGUCUCCAAACAAGACCAAAGUUGGCACCCAAGAUAGCAGUCCAAUUCACAACCGCUCGGAUCUCAAGCGACCUGCAUCUCCUACAUCAUAUCACAUUACCAGUCCAAGAGCUGGUCAGAAACGUCGACUAGAAGAAAUCUCCCUUCAACCACCUUCAGAACCUCAAAGCAGCCCCGCCACCCUCCUCCAGCCUUCAUCGCAAAAGACCGACAUGUUGAAUGACAGCAUUUCUCAAACAAGCUCGGGCCCUCAGAGAACAGAUCCUGACAAAAAGAGCACACCCAAAACUAUAUGGAACUCAUCCUUUCAAGCCUCGCAGGAAGAAUCUCAGAAAUUUGAACAACAAUUCGUCAUCCACGACGAGAUGAGCCAGAGGGCAUUGGACAGCAUGCAUGAGGUGAUAAUGCCUGACAACGCGUCGCAAUCGUCCCAACCUAAACCAACCCUGGUCGCCGAAGCCUCACAGCUCAGUCUGAGCAUGUCGAGCCUGAUCGACUUUGAAGGCGAGGAAAUGGAGAUGAUCGACGAGCCUGAUGUCGUGGUGGGUCAAAGACCAAGACCACAAACACAAGAGGAUGCCCGAAAAGAAAUGCUGCUCGAGAAAGCAGAAACCCUCCGAACUCGCCUUCAACUCGCCAUAUACAAGAUCAAAUCUAACCAAAUCACUACACCUUUCUCUCGUCUGCAGACACCCAAGCACCGAUCAACAUCGCCCGAAUCAGCCUUUGCAUCCUCAUCACCGAGAUCAUCCUCUACCGUUCGCGCUCCUUCACGCCUUCACCGCUCUGUUCUCACCCCAGAAACCAAGGUUGCGCUUGCUCGUGCUAGAGCUACCAUGGAGACGAAGCCCGCCGUUCGAUCUCUCUCCAGUAUCCCUGUACCCACCAUAAUGCCCACUACAUACUCUGCCAGAUGGAUGGACGACACAAAUGGAUCCAAGCAAUUGAGUCAGUCUAGCCAAACAAUAGCUCUUCCAAGCAGUCCACCUGUGGUUGAAGAUGAUGGCCAUGGUCCAGAUUCAGGUGCAGAAGUGUUUGAACCUAAGACUCCUAAUCAACCAUCAAAGCGUCGAUGCAGUCAAUCAUCUUCCUCGGACUGUGGCAGCGACCCUCCCACCGGCCAGAAGGACACGAUUCACAGCCAUCUCCUUCGACAUGGCGGUCUCACUAGCAGUGUGGUCAAAGGUGAAGCAGCAAAUGGGUUGCUCGAAUUGAUGAGAGGGGUGGGAACCACCUCAGGUGGGAGUGGUAUGUGCGGCAUCUGAAAGAGAGAAGGCGGGAGUCAGAAGGAGACAGCCAUAGUGAGCAAACUUACGCUACUCUUGGUACAAACCUAGGUAGCUAGGAAGUUGAUAUCUUUACCUUUGCACUCCUGCUUCAAGACAUGUCCUUAUGUUCGUGUUUGGUAUCUGCGUCAGGAAAGAAAGUUACGGAAAGUUUCCCGUCAUAUCUGGAACAACCAUGUCGGCGACUCUUCAUUGUUCGUGUGACUCAAACAGCAAACCAGAUUAUUGUGAGACUCUCUUAUUGGAGAAGCGGAAGCCUAUAUCAAAUAUACUUUGCUCCUGUCUAUAUCCAGCGGAACCAGACGGACUCCUGGACUUCUGCCUAUGCUAGCCAAACUUUAGAAAGAGGGCAACUUAUAAAACAU